GAUACGUGAAUUUGGCGCCAGAGUUUUAACAAGAAAUGCACAGAUAGCUACAAGCGAGUGAACUGGCGACUUGUCGUAGCGUUUUUAUUCCCUUUCAGGGGCUUAUUUUACGCAGACGAAUCAUUAGCAGCAAGUCGUGAUCGAUUUACACUCUAUUUAAAGCCUUAGCUAAACAUAAAAAUAAGAUAAACAGACAUGUUUGUCACUGAUAUUCGGAAGGAAUUUUAUGACGUUGUUGUUAACCAGAGAGUCGCGCUUCUGGUAUCGUCGGAUAUCGAUGCUCUGUGCGCCUGCAAAAUAUUGCAAGCCUUGUUCCACUGUGACCAAGUUCAGUACACCCUGGUGCCGGUGACAGGCUGGCAGGACCUCGAGACGGCCUUCCUGGAGCACAAAGAGCAGUUCCGUUAUUUUGUGUUGAUCAACUGCGGAGCCAAUGUGGACCUUCUGGAAACUCUGCAGCCGGACGAGGAAUCUGUUUUCUUCAUCUGCGACACGCAUCGGCCGGUGGACGUGGUGAACGUGUACAACGACACGCAGAUCAAGUUGCUCAUCAAGCAAGAUGACGACUUGGGUGUCCCGGCCUAUGAUGACAUCUUCAGAGACGAUGAGGAAGACGAGGAUGGAGAAGAUUCUGGGAACGAGAGCGACGGUGGCUCGGAACCUUCUGGGAAACGGAGGCGUUUUGAUGAGGGGGCUCUGGAGCGCAGGAUUGAGAGGCAGCGGCACAGGAGGACCUGGGAGGCCCGCAGGAGGGAAGUACUGUUUGACUAUGAACAAUAUGAGUAUCAUGGAACUUCAUCUGCCAUGGUGCUGUUUGAGCUUGCAUGGGUCAUGACCAAGGAUACCAAAGAUAUGCUGUGGUGGUCCAUUAUUGGGCUGGUGGACCAGUGGGUGCAUGAUAAAAUCACGCAUAUGAAGUAUGUGACCGAUGUGGCCAAACUGCAACGUCACGUCUCCAGACACAACCAUCGCAAUGAAGAUGAGGAGAAUUCCCUGUCCAUCGACUGCAUGAGGAUCUCCUUCCAGUACGAUCUACGUUUGGCCCUCUACCAGCACUGGUCUCUGUACGAAAGCAUCUGCAACUCCUGCUACACCUCCUCCUACUUCAAGCUGUGGUCCCUGCAUGGCCAGAAGAAGCUGCAGGAGUUCCUCGCUGACAUGGGACUCCCCCUGAAGCAGGUGAGGCAGAAAUUCAGCUCCAUGGACAUGUCCAUCAAAGAGAACCUGUGUGAGGUCAUAGAGGAAUCCUCCAGCAAAUACGGCAUGAAAGAUAUCCGCAUCCAGACGUUCGGGGUCCAUUUCGGCUUCAAGAACCGCUUCCUGGCCAGCGACGUGGUGCACGGGGCUGCCGCCCUGCUGGAGAGUGUGGAGAAGGACGAGAACGGCAGUGACAACUUCAUCAAAGCGCUGGACUGCCUCUCCAGGAGUAAUCUGGACCGGCUGCACCGCGGCAUUGAUCUGGCCAAGAAGAAGCUGAUGGCCGUGCAGCAGACAGUGGCCAGCUGCAUCUGCACCAACCUCAUCCUGUCCCAGGGGCCCUUCCUCUACUGCUACCUGAUGGAGGGGACUCCGGACGUGAGGCUGUUCUCCAGGCCCAUGGCUCUAACGCUGCUCAGCAAGCACCUCCUGAAGGCCUUUGUUCGCUCGACUCGGAACAAGCGCUGCAGGCUCCUCCCCCUCAUCAUGGCCGCCCCGCUGGACGUGGAGAAGGGCACAGUCAUCCUGCUGGGGAUUCCGCCGGAGUCUGAGACGUCCGACAAGAAGAAUUUUUUCGGCAGGGCGUUUGAGAAGGCUGCGGAGAGCACCAGCUCUAGGACUCUGCACGACCGCUUCGACAUGUCCAUUAUCGAGCUGAAGACGGAGGACCGCAGCAAGUUUCUGGAUGCCCUGGUCACCCUGCUGUCCUGAGGGUGUUUCCAGAAAGGAUGUGGUGUGUUAUUUGUGUGUGUUUACGUGUGCGUGUGUAUUUGUUUUUUGUUGUACUUAUUUAAUGGGUUUGUUUUGUGUAAAUAGUGAUUUUUAAAAUGGUCAUGUUGCAAAUGUUUGAAUAAAUGAUUUUAUUAACCCCUUAA